UUUCCCAUUCCACCUGCCUGUCACUACCUCUUCCCACACUUCUUUCCAUCUCUCAUUUGCCUGAUCUCUUUCUCUCAUUCCUCAUUUUCUCUUUCCUUAACAACUUCCUUCCUAUUUGCUGCCCCUCCUUUCCCCCCCCCCACACCUGACACCUCACCUGCUGUUUCUCCUGUGAUCUACUUUUUCCCUCUCCUCUUCCUCUUCUCUAUUCUCUUCCACUCUUCAAUUCUCUCCCGUCCACACACGAUUCCUUCUACUUACCCUUCUCACUUCUCCUCCUGUACAUUCUGCACCCCAAUGGUAUUUUCCUUUCGAUCAUUUCUCUUUCUUUGUAAACUCUCUUCCAUUCGAUUUUUCCUUCCCUCUGUCCCAUCUUUCUCCUUAUCUGUUUGCUAUUUGCUCGGCCUCUUCCACUUCUCUCUUGUUCAAACCUGCUUUUGUCACCCUCCUCCUUUACUUGUUCACUUUCCUUCUUCCAUCCCCUGCCUGUUAUUGCCCACUGUUCUCUUUCCUGUUGUUCUUCUGCUGCUGCUCUCUCCCACCUGCUCUCUACCUCUUCUGCUCUCUCCCACCUGCUCUCUACCUCUUCUGCUCUCUACCACCUGCUCUCUACCUCUUUGCUCUGCCCCAACCUGCUCUCUCUUCUGCCACCCACCCCUCUCUGCAGACCCGAGCAUGGACUGUAGCUGUGUGUCUGACAUCCUCUUGACUCCCUCUGUGCCGGCUCUCUGGACUCCAGGGUUUGCCUUUCCCGACUGGGCCUAUAAACCAGAGUCAAGCCCGGGCUCCAGACAGAUUCAGCUGUGGCAUUUCAUUCUAGAACUGCUUCAGAAAGAAGAAUAUCACGACUUCAUUGCCUGGCAGGGAGACUAUGGAGAGUUUGUCAUCAAAGAUCCUGAUGAGGUGGCUCGUCUGUGGGGAAUGCGAAAAUGCAAACCUCACAUGAACUACGACAAGCUGAGCCGGGCACUCAGGUACUAUUAUAACAAGAGGAUUCUGCACAAGACUAAAGGCAAACGAUUCACCUACAAGUUUAACUUCAGUAAAGUCGUGCUGGUGAAUUACCCGCUAUUAGAUAUGGCCAACUCCUCCCUUCUGUUAGGGCAGAACCCAUUCCCCGGGGCCCACCCGCACGAUUCCUUUUCUCCAGAGGCUUUGCAGUCUCUUUUCUCCUCUACAAGUCGGGCUCCGCUCCUAGAUCGCCCUAUCACUGCCCCAGACACGGAGAAAUUACGCUUGGAAUCGACCUUCCCAUUCCUGAGCUCGGGUUCUGGCUAUACCAAGCCCCCGGCGUUGCUGCCACCCUACAACAGAAAUUCUCCUUUUCCCGACUACUCAUGGGGGUUUAACCCCUACCUCUCAAGCAGCUUUCCCCUCAGUGGCUCAAAGUUGCCCACCUCCCUGUAUCCACCACAGUUCUACCCCACCGCACUUUCCCAACUGCCCCCACCUCUGUCUCUCCUGCAUGGGGAGCCUAUGGACAGAUCUAAUGGCUUACUCCAAGGGAUACCCCAGAGGCUCUGCACUAGCCUUAACCCACACCAUGUAGCCCCCCGAGGAGGGGCAGAUCUAAGCAACAUUGUGGCAUCAGCAAGGAGGGAGAGGGCAGAGCAGCCAAAGGGAAAGCAGGAGCCCGAAUCUGAUUCAGACCUUGAAAUUACGGACGUGAGCGACUGCAGCUCAGAGGCAGAAGGGUGUGUUUAUAGCCCCCCAUGCCCGGUACCCCCCAUGGGCACAGGCAAAGCAAGAGAUGAACGACCCAAAGCAGAGGCCAAACUAUCUCCGGAAAAAGUCACCACUCCCACCAGCUAAAAGUGUCGUCACACACAAACUAUAAAUAGAUGUAUAAAUAUAUAUAUUAUAUAUAUAGUUCUAUGGAUAUAUAUGGGGUUAACCAUGCGUUUCAUUAACUUGUUCAUCCCUGCAGCCAAUUGUGGGAACAUAUGGAGUUGCCCUACCGCUGACAUGGCGCAAUGUACACAGAAAAUUCACAAGCCCUUAUCGUUUCUUUCCUUUAUGUAUUUUACUGAGAAAAUAAUGUUUUGCCUUUUAUAUCCUAAAUAUGUCUGAAGUGCCAAAGCGCCACCUUGUGGGGGUGAAACAGAAGGCAGAGUGUUUGCCAGCUCAGAUAUCUAAGCAGCUCGUGUGUGUGUGUGUGUGUGUAUUAUUUUUAUCAAGUAUGGAAAAUGUUUGUUCCUCCAGAUUUUGCAAUAAUACAACAAGCUGCAUCCUGCAGACACAUCACUACAAUAUAUAAUGUGCGUUUCCUUUGGCAUUUAACAUUGGUGCUUAGGGGCCAAUGAAUGGACUCUAAACAUGGCUAUACACUGGAGGUUGCCACAAAGCGGAUAUUUGCCCAUGUGUCCCCAUAGUUGGUGCUCUAUACUGGGCUAAUAUGAUCUUAUGGCUCCCAGGCCUUCUAUUGGAUUAUAAGGGGGUCUCUUGCUGGCCUGUUGAGAAAGAGAACCACACAGUGUUGGACUGGCCCACCGGGAUACCAGGAAAACCCCGCUGAGCCCUCAUGCUGCUAAACUUUUGGC